AUGGAAGACCUCAUCUACUCUCCCUUGCCGGAGGACAUCCUUUAUUCUCCCAGACCGGAAGAUGUCAUUUAUUCUCCCAUGCCGGAAGACCUCAGUCAUUUUCCGGUGCCGGAAGAUACCAUCUCCACUCCAAUGUCGGAAGAUAGCGCUCAAACCUCACCAAAGAGCGGCUUCCUGCGGUUACCGGGAGAGCUUCGGGAUGAGAUUUAUGGAUACUACUUCACGCUUGAAGACGGGUAUACCUUCAAUCCCGAGACCAAUAAGUUCGUCGCUUCAAACUACGAGGAGAACAGGCUGGCGCUCAGCAGGGUGAACAAGCUCAUCGCCGAGGAGACGCGUGACGCCGUCGCCAAGUACAACGACCUCCAUUUCUCUACGGUUCUAAGUUCGUCUACCAACCCGAAUCUUUCGAGGAUCAAUCGUCUGCUGAAGGACAUGAUCAAAGACAAGUCGACAGCGUUGCUAGACAUAGUGACAGGAACGGAGUGGUUGUCGGAAUGGUUGGACGAUGAAGCCCUUGCUCAUAUCCGAGACAACCAUGCUCGGUUCUUACCUGUCGUUGAGCACACUCGUUCCCUCAGCUACGCCGAGGCUUUCAGGUUCAAUCUCGGGUACAAGGAGGUUCCGUCGCUUACUCGCAAAUUUGUCGAAUCAACACUGGAAUCCAUCCUCACCAGACCGGCCUUCCAGGCAGAGGUGACCACAGAAAAGGUCUUCGAUGCACGUAGACUUUUCUGCAUCUCCAAAGCUCAAGGUUUCGAACCCUGGUGCAUUCCUACCGAUGCCCAGAUCAAUCGGUUGCCUAACGGGCCGAUACCACAGUAUCAAGAUGCUUUUCUACGAGAGCUGCCACAGGUCCAGUGUCAGGGGAUGCGGCGGUACUCAGCUGUAUCCGUUGCUAUCCGGUACAUGAAUUCACUUUCUGAGCCAAGCAGGAAAAUGAUCCGAAAGAUCGUCCUCCACGAGGAUGACACCUCGAUUGUUUGGCCCGAGUGUCACGCUGAAGGGCUCAUACCCUUCUCCUGGGAGAAUGAGCACCUGCAGAUCGAGCGCCAUGUCAACAUUUGGAGGAACAUUCUCGUCAACAAUCAUGCCUGUAUGCCGACGUACAGUAGCUCUACUCUCGCGCGUUGGAUUCAAGAAGUGUCUGUAUUACCGCAUCUAGGCAUGCGCAAAGACGCAUACACGAUGAUUCUUAAUGGAGACCCGGUACCAGAAAGUACGAACCCAUCACUCGCUUCGGAGAUCUUUGACGUGGCCGUGGAUGACGCAGUCUGGCAGUCUUCACUUGAAAAGUGUGCAUCGACCGGUUCCGAUGGGCCCUUCAAGUCGAUCGACAUGCGAACUUGUCCAGCUUUUAUCAUGGCAGGCUUCGUUGAAACUAUACACGACAUCAUUGAUGGAACGUCAGCUGUCAAGUGCAACUUUCCCAUUAAGAAUUUGGCUGACGCGAGGCCGGUGCCCUAUGGCCAUGUUCACUGGGACUUGGAAACUUGGUGGCUCGAGUGGGAAGAACAAGAGCUAGACAAUCGCAACAUUGAGCGGCUUCGGAAACAGGGGCCGCCAUAUCCAGGUUGUGUAGUUCUGGUUCAUUACACCAAUUUAUUGCCGUUCUUCGAGGGGAACACAGCUCGAGUCCCAAUCGACCCCAACGACACUGAGACAGAGUUCGCGCCCCAGAUCAUCUGGCCUGAGCCAGAGAGCGGUGAGGAGCUCGCGUGGUGGUCUGAAAUUGACAUGGAAGAAGCCGAGGAGAGUAGCGAAGAGAUUAUGGAAGAGACUGCUAUCGAACAGACUACGACAACAAGCAACCCUGCUCCACGAGAUGUGUGGCAGCCCGUAUGGCAAGGAAGGCGUCUCCACCAGCGAAGGGUAGAAGAGCGAGCGAAAGAACGCCAGAGAAACCGAAGAACGAGGGACCGACAGCGGCAGGCCGUUCAAUUAGGCGGAGCGCAGCCAUACGAGUCCAUCGAACGCCCAUCCGAAUACCCAGCUGGACGAUCGGUCGAAACAGCGGAAGAGAAGCAGGAAAGAUUGUGGGCUAAGCUACAUGCGGAACGAGUGUACUCUGCUUCCAACGGGGCGCCUGCUUUUGGGAAACACGCGCUCAGAGUCCAGAGAAAAGAAUGGAGGGAAGAGAAGCGACGGACUGGGCGGAACCCAUGGGAUAUGCGUCGAUGA